CUGCUGCAAGCUGUGGAGAGAGGAGGACAGGGCAGAGGGUGUUACCAGGAUCCAAACCCCUCUCUCACUUUCCAAACUUUUCCACCCACUCAUUAGCAGGGGGGUGUCCAGCUGCAGCAUUCAGCAUUGUCCUCUUCCUAGGAGACUAGCAGCACUAGUCAGCAGAUUGCUACGUCCUGUCCUGCAGACCCGGGAGCCCUGCUGCACGUAGGUUGCCUGCUCCCAGGCGCAACACAGGGGCAUUGGUGCGCGGUGCGGCUCCAGUCUCCCCCCCCUCCUCUGCUGCCGCUGGAAGGAGGAUCUGAAGGCACUCUCCCUCACUCACGUCUUCCUGGAGAGGGUAUUUUGGACUCUGGACACGCUUUGGGGAAGCCUGUUCUUGGACUGCAGAGGAUAUUAUUACACCCUUAAACCAGGCAGCAUUUCGCUACGUAAAGUUUGCGCAUUGCGCUGCGAAAAGUUUGCAACGCCUGCGUCCACUCACUCCCCACAGAGCGCUGCUGUCUCCAGGAGAGGUGGACCCCUGUCUCUUGAGACUGUAUUAUGGCCAUGGUAGUCAAUCCUUGGCAGGAAGACAUUCCAGGGGUGGUGCCGGGGUCCCAGGUGAGCAAUCCACCGGGACUGUGCAACCAGGACCCUGGGGGCCCUCCGCAAACUCCAAAUACCCCUAAAGGAUCUGUGCCAGGCCAGGACCCUGUUCAUUCCGGCGACAAAGGGGUCCCCAACGUGGACUGCAUGGUAUGUGGGGACAAGUCAAGUGGCAAGCACUAUGGGCAGUUUACCUGCGAAGGCUGCAAGAGCUUCUUUAAAAGAUCAGUCAGGAGGAACCUCACCUACACCUGUAGGGGUAACAGAGACUGUCCCAUAGACCAGCACCACAGGAACCAGUGCCAGUACUGCCGCCUGAAGAAGUGUCUUAAAGUUGGCAUGAGGAGAGAGGCAGUCCAGCGUGGUCGAAUGUCGCACCCACAGACCAGCCCAGGCCAGUACCCACUGAACAGCGUUGACCCUUAUAACGGUCACUCGUACCUCACGGGAUUCAUCUCCUUGCUUCUCCGAGCAGAGCCCUAUCCAACCUCUCGCUACGGAGCCCAGUGCCUACAGCCCAACAACAUCAUGGGCAUUGAGAACAUUUGUGAGCUGGCCGCCCGUUUGCUCUUCAGCGCCAUCGAGUGGGCCAAGAACAUCCCCUUCUUCCCCGACUUCCAGCUCUCUGACCAGGUCUCCCUGCUUCGCAUGACGUGGAGCGAGCUCUUCGUCCUCAACGCAGCCCAAUGCUCCAUGCCCCUUCAUGUGGCGCCCUUACUGGCCGCAGCAGGCCUCCACGCUUCGCCUAUGUCCGCUGACAGAGUGGUGGCUUUCAUGGACCAUAUCCGGGUCUUUCAGGAUCAGGUAGAAAAGCUGAAGGCACUUCAUAUUGACUCUGCUGAGUACUCCUGUUUGAAAGCCGUUGCGUUAUUUACCCCUGAUGCAGUGGGAUUGUCUGAUAUCGGCCACGUGGAAAGCAUUCAGGAAAAAUCUCAGUGUGCCCUAGAAGAGUACGUGAGGAACCAGUAUCCAAACCAACCAACCCGAUUCGGCCGGCUCCUGCUCCGUCUGCCGUCUCUGCGUAUUGUCUCGGCACCGGUUAUAGAACAGCUGUUCUUUGUACGUCUAGUCGGCAAAACGCCCAUUGAGACUCUAAUUCGAGACAUGCUCUUGUCCGGGUCCAGCUUUAACUGGCCUUACAUGCCUAUACAGUAAAGAGGGUCUUCUCCACCUCUUGGACCUCUGAUGUCCAAUGAACCUGUUUGUUUCCUCAGAAAAGUUUACACUGCAGCCAAGAAUACCAGACACAGAGUGUAAGCAGGUCUGGGAGCCGAGUGAACUGGUUGGGCAUUAGGUAGGAUGACCAUGACUAUCCCCGAAGGAUUACGACUUACUUACGAAAUCUUACCUUUGCGCCUGCUGUCGAGGUUCAACUGGUGGGUUUUCCUCUCAGACCAACAAACAAACAUCAAUUAUGUCCCGUCUGCGAAGACCAUCGAAGUGUCAAGUUGGGUUCCUUCAAGUCUGGUCUUGAGACCUCUCCAUUACACACCUGUGCAAUCCAGACUAGUUUCACCGUGGUAAAUAUUUACAGCUGUUGUUCUGUCCGCACCAGCAAGCGUUCUGACCAGAUUAUAUGCACUUUUCUACGGGAGUUUGCCGGAUUUUCCAAAACAUUCUACGCAACAGAAUGUGAGAACAAAGCAAUCCACGUGUAGAGGAACAGAAGAAGGAGAAAAAAAGACUGCGAUUGUUCAUCGUGAAUUGACACUUGUGAAUUGGUUACUUCACGUCAAAGACUGGCUAGCACUGCAAUCUACCACAUAAAGCACUGAAUCAGCCUUGGCCACUUAAUCCCCUGUCGGGGGGGGGGGGGGUGUUCUACAAUAGACUAUUUAUAAAAGAAAAGAAUGGGCAUUUGAGAUGUAUGAACUGCCUGCUUUUUCACAAAAUUACAUGUAUAUUUUUCCCCGCCAUUCCCACAUUUUUUCCUCGCUUUUUUUCCUUAUAUAAGUAUGUGUGUAAGAUAUUUUUUUGGUGUGUGAAUUGUGAAUUUUUUUGUAACCUGGCAGCGAAAUAUUGUUUAUUUUGCUGGUUGAUCUGGCUAAUUAUUAAAUACAGUAUCAGUUAUUAAU